GAGAUUGUGGCGCCACCCUGCGGUGAGCAAGUAGAAGUGCGCCACUGUUCCACUGAGUCGUCACUUCCUGGUUUCCAAGCGGAAAUAGCGGAGUUUGUUUGGUUACUAUGAUGCUUCAUCUGCUUAUCAAAGGUAGCGAGAACGGGAUAGAAAGACCCUCUCCGCACAGAAGCGUCUGUUUUGUAUGUUUCCAGGGUUGUUCUGACGGCUGCAGGGUGUGACAUUAUGGCGGGGGUUGAUGAUGAGGAAUGCGCGCUUGCAUUGAUCUUAUACUGCUGCCAGGAAAAGUACUCCAGUCAUGUUGUAGAUGUUUCCAGUGAAGCUCAACGGAAGUUCAGUCAUGAUUCAGUCUUCGCAUUCCUCCACGCUUAUGGGCUGCUCAUGCAAGAGCAAGUGUUGGAUGCCAUUCAGGAGCUGGAGCAGCUGAAGGAGAGAGGAGACGUUUCCCUCGGUGUGCUCAUGGCUCUGGUUUAUGCCCACAAGAAAAGACCAAACCCUGGUAGAUCUUUUGCACGUCUUGAUUAA